GAGAGAGAGAGGCGGUGCUUCUUCCUGUUGCAGCGUGACAGACACUCCGUCAAACUUCUCCUGACAGACCGAACAUGAGCAUCGGUGUCAUCAUCAGAGGAUUUACAACGAUAUCGUUUUUUUAUCCAGUGUGCUUUUUCCACUAAGUUUCUGGAUUAAACGUGUCAUCUUAUUGUGUUCUUUUAGCCAGCCAACAUCUGGACACGUGGAUCGGAUGGAAACACCUUGUGUUUAUUCUCACAACAAGACCACUGCUCUUAAAUUUGGCAGCCGUCGGUGGGGCAAAACUCCCGGACCCCUUCCUUCUCCAUAUUCUGCUGCCGUCUGUGACAAAGAGCUGAACGCAAUAGAGGCGAAGACGGUUGAGAAGAAGAGAGCAAAAGUCUGGCAGGUGUCUGUGGUGGGAACUUCCUGCCUCGGCUGUCCUCCUGUGACACUAUAGCUCCUCCCUGAAGUCGUACCAUGCGGUUUGGCGAGCAGGUACUGUGUCUAAAAACAAGUCAAGCGGCUGAGUCUGUGGGAUGAAAGCGCAAAGAAAGCAACAAACGAGGAAAAAAUCACCAUGCUGAAGAAUGACCAGCUGGUCUACAUUUGCCUGGAGCUGGUGAGCGCCUGCCUGUCUGUGGCCGGGAACGUCCUGGUCUGCUGGGCCGUCUACCUCAACUCCAACCUGCAGAGCAUCACCAACUUCUUUGUGGUGUCACUGGCGGUGGCUGACAUUGCUGUGGGGCUGCUGGCAAUCCCCUUCGCUAUCACUAUUAGCCUCGGCUUCUGUGCCAAAUUCUACGGCUGCCUGUUCAUCGCCUGCUUCGUCCUCAUUCUCACCCAGAGCUCCAUCUUCAGCCUGCUGGCCAUCGCAGUGGACCGCUACAUCGCCAUCAAGAACCCACUCAGGUACAACAGCCUGGUGACUGGGCGGAGGGCAAAGGGCAUCAUUGCAUUGUGCUGGGUUCUCUCUGUAGGCAUCGGCCUGACACCGAUGCUGGGCUGGCACACAGGUUGGAACGCCGCUGCCGCGGCCAGCACCCAAACGUGCCCUGAAGGCUUAACGGAGUGCCUGUUUGAAGAAGUGGUCAACCUGGACUACAUGGUCUACUUCAAUUUCUUCGGCUGCGUGCUGGUGCCCCUGGUGGUCAUGCUGGUCAUCUACGCCAAUAUCUUCAUGGCCGCUCGGCACCAGCUCCGACAGAUUGGGCUUAAAGUUACACACGCGCCCACUCGACGAGAGAUAACCUCAACGUCAGGCUCAUCUCGUUCAACCCUGCAGAGGGAAGUGCACGCUGCCAAAUCGCUGGCCAUCAUCGUAGGUUUGUUUGCUUUGUGUUGGCUCCCGCUGCACAUCAUCAACAGUAUCAACCACCUGUGUCUGGAAUGCAGGCGCCCACACCUCUGGGUGAUGAACAUUGCCAUUAUCCUCUCCCACGCUAACUCCGUCGUGAAUCCCUUCAUCUAUGCUUAUCGCAUUCGGGAGUUCAGGCAGACCUUUCGGAGGAUCCUGUACCAGAACAUCCUGAGGAAGAAGGCUGGACAACAGUUUGGGGUUGGGGGCAACAGUAUGACGCGGACUAUCUCCGGUACCAGUAGAGAGUGUUCAACUAGUUGCACGGUGGUGAACAACUACGUCCUGGACCCCAGUCCUGCCCGAACGCAGCCGCCAAAAACUGCUAAUGAAGACUCUUGCCAUUGGACAUCAAGGUUAGACGCUGCGCCAAAUAACUACAUACCCAACGGACACCAAACAAAGGGUAGCACCAUUCCAGCGACGCAGCAGCCAUGCAUCCUGGGCUUUGCUGCUCAGGAUGGAGUUGAGUCGGUCUCACAUCUGAGGGGAACGACAGAUGUUUUGGAGGUGAAAGACAAAGGAAGCUGCAUUGCUUUUGUGAACGUUCCGGCUCUCUCCCUACAACAGACUGACCGCCCAACAGAGCUUACAGAAGUCUCAUGACAAAGAUGUUCAGGUAUUAAACAUGUAUUUCUGUUGCCAUAAAACACAUAAGAUUGUGCAAACAGGACAAUAUGAAGCAUUGACAAAGCAAGUCAGCAAAUCAACAGCAACAGCAAGUCUGUUUCUCUUUCUGAAGUCACAUA